AUGUCCAAUCUGGACAGCGAACAGGGCAGCCAUGAUGAAAAUGAUCCAGAUGGUCGGGGCCGGAAUCAAUUUGACAGCGACUUUCAGGGAGCGUCUGAGAUAGAUGAUCACUCAACUGCUGUGGCAAAUGAACUUUUGCCUGGGGACACUUCAAGAGAGGACAGAAAGAAUAUCCCCGACAAUCGCAGCCAGCAAACAAAUGGAAGUGCUGUCGAAGACAUUCAGGAAGACGAAAUUCAUGAAUCAAUAGAAGAGGUUAUUGUGAUUUCCUCAUCAGAUUACGAUGAGCCUGAAAUAUCCUCCACCCCAGCACCGAGCACGGCCGUCAGCGACCCAUUCGACCCGUCCUACAGCCCCAGGUCGCCUUCCUCGGACGAUCGAAACAUGUCAGUCGAUCCACCCGUUCUGGACGAGGACUUCGACAUCGGCGACUACAAUGGCCCUCCGAGAUCACCCAGCACUAGCAGCGAAGGUGUCAACGGCUCUGAGAAUGGCGAGGGAGCACACACUGCAGUGGAUGAUAGUUCCAGCGCUUGCCCUGGUGGGUCGCCAUCGGCGGUCGAAGCACUGAGAGCAAUACAGACGGAGCUGAUCCCCGGAUAUGAGGACGGCGACGCAAAGAGCGAGCAGUCCACCAGAGAUACCGAGCGAUCAGACAUGAGAUAG